CAUGUUUGAUCUAAAACUUCAUUACGGAAACUCAUAUCUGGAAAACAGCAUGUUUUUUUGUGUUUGAAAGACUGAUUCACUGGCAGGUGGGACGGAGACUGUGUUUGUCACGGUAGGCGGAGUGCACACUUGCCCAAAGGGGGAGGACCUUUAAAAGUUCUUAUAAAGUGUGCUGGAUGGAGUGAACAGUGAUCUGUGAUCUUCAUCUCUAGUGCACUUCACUGCGACCACGCUACAAUGGCACAGAACGGGACUAUAGAGAACGGGCUCGCUCGAAACACGUCCCCUCUGCCACAGCCUGUGAAAAUCCCUGAGAUUAAACACACUAAGAUUUUUAUCAAUAAUGAAUGGCACACGUCAAUCAAAGGAAAGAAGUUUCCAACGAUCAACCCUGCAACAGGUGUCAAAAUCUGUGACGUCGAGGAGGCGGAUAAAGCUGAUGUGGAUGAGGCGGUGAGAGCUGCCAGAGCGGCCGGCCAGAGAGGUUCGGAGUGGCGGCAGAUGGACGCAUCGAGCCGCGGCCGGUUACUGCACAGACUCGCAGAUCUGCUGGAGCGAGAGCGCGCUGUGCUCGCGACGCUAGAGUCAAUGGACACUGGCAAACCCUUCCUGCAUGCGUUCUUUGUCGAUCUGGAUGGCAGCAUUAAGACCCUAAGAUAUUACGCCGGCUGGACGGACAAGAUUCAUGGGAAAACCAUGCCGGUCGAUGAAAACUUUGUGUGUUUUACCAAACAUGAGCCCGUCGGUGUUUGCGGAGCAAUUAUUCCGUGGAACUUCCCUCUGCUGAUGUUUAUGUGGAAGAUCGCGCCGGCUUUGGCCUGUGGGAACACGGUGGUCAUUAAACCGGCUGAGCAGACCCCGCUGACGGCUCUUCACACUGGAGCGCUCAUAAAGGAGGCCGGUUUUCCACCCGGAGUCGUGAAUAUCGUGCCUGGGUUUGGACCAACGGCUGGAGCGGCAAUCGGCAGUCAUAUGAACAUCGACAAAGUGGCCUUUACAGGCUCCACAGAGGUGGGCCAGCUGAUCAAAGCGGCGGCGGCCAAGAGCAACCUGAAAAGAGUGACUCUUGAGUUGGGAGGGAAAAACCCCUGCAUUGUGUUUGCUGACUCAGACCUGCAGUCGGCGGUGGAGGAGACGCAGAAGGGCGCAUUCUUUAACCAGGGUCAGGCGUGCACUGCUGCGUCACGCGUCUACGUGGAAGAGGCGGUUUACGACGAGUUUUUGCGUCUCAGUGUGGAAAGAGCCAAGAAUAUUGCGAUCGGAGACCCUCUGGAGCCACGAACCUCACACGGGCCGCAGAUCAACCAGCAUCAGUUUGAUAAGAUCCUGGAGCUGGUGGCCAGUGGGAAGAAGGAGGGGGCGACGCUGGAGUGCGGAGGCUGUGCGGUGGAGGACAGAGGUCUGUUCAUCCAUCCCACCAUCUUCUCUGAUGUCAAAGACCACAUGCGCAUCGCCAAAGAAGAGAUCUUCGGGCCGGUUCAGUGCAUCAUGAAGUUUAAGACGCAGGAGGAGGUGAUCGACAGAGCCAACGGCACACAGUACGGCCUGACAGCGGCUGUCUUCACACGAGACAUCCAUCGCGCCAUGAGCGUGUCUGCGGCGCUGGAGGCUGGAACCGUCUGGGUGAACUGCUACAACGCUUUACAUGCUCAAGCUCCGUUCGGAGGAUACAAGAUGUCAGGAAACGGCCGAGAGCUGGGUGAGUAUGCGUUGGCGGAGUACACCGAGGUCAAAGCCAUCACUCUGAAACUCAGCGAGCGGCUGACACUGUGAUCUGAAGAAACUCUUUACCAUCUGUCUCACUGCAGCUCCUUUCUGUUUAUUUCAUGUAGAUGUGCUG